AUGGAGGUCUGGUAACUUCUUCAGUAACUUCUUGAUUUGUUCCAGCCAGUCGGAGAAAGAAUGACUUCAUAUCAAGUCUUGAACACUCGGGAUACAAACAGCAUGUCCUCUUACCAGACACCAACGUCCAAAGAUUCGAAAAAAACAUCCCGACAUAUGGUGAGAAAAUUGCGAUCUGCGUACGAGGAUCACGAACAGUUAUCCCUUCAUCACGGACGCGCAGGCACACAUCAGCGGGAUGUAAAUGGCGACAUGAAAGAACUGCAGAUGACAUGUCCGAGAGAUGGCCAUCUCGCUUCUGUUGAGGCCGAGCAACCGAAGCAGAAAAUCAAACAGGAGGAGGAAAAGGAAAAUGUUGGAAAUUCUGAAAAAUGUGGCAUCGAUACUAAAGUUUCAACCAAACUGAUUCAUAAGCAUUCUAUUGAAAGUAUCCUGAACAUAACGUCACUCAGUGGAAAUAAACAAGGGGAUUUUAAACCGCGUGAUAGUGGAAUCUCUCUCAGUUGUGAUACGAUUUCUGUUUCAAGACAUCCUGAAAGUUGCUAUAAUACCCACACAGAAGUGAAAAAUGCUGUUUUCGAUCCCAACCUCAAUUGCGACGCCGUAAUUCCGAGUUCACCCAAUAAAGACGCCAUAUUGGAGACGACAACUAGAUUGAUCUCUGAACCCCUCUGUAACGAUCAAGACCCGUGUGUCGAAGACGACGCAGAGAAGAACCCGGUCGGCACCGAUGAAUGCGAUAGUGGGUUAUCGGCAUCCCCGUCGACACCCAAAGCUAGCAAGGACGGUAGUUCGCAUACGAGUCCGGGAAGUUCCAAUGGAGACGACCAAUACCGGAAGCCGAGAACUAUCUUUAAAGUCUACCAAGUAACGGCGUUGGAGGAAGUAUUUGAACGAACACACUAUCCUGAUCAAGAUUUGUUAGAAUGGUUAGCUGAAAAACUUGAAAUACCGGAACCCAAAGUAAAGGUUUGGUUUCAAAACAAGAGGGCGCGCUGGAAGAAGCGGACAGAGAAUGAUCUAUACGAGAAUGAUUGCUCCCCCGUGCCAUAUAUGGGCUCUCCCGCGCCUUAUAUGGGCACGCCUACGCCUUAUAUGGUCAACCCCGCAUCUAUUAUGGUCAGCCCCGCACCACAUAUGACGAAUAACACGUGGAUGCAGAACAUUCCGCCCACCUCCCAUCCAAUGACCAGGGCAGCAGCCCCAUCCGACCACCAUCCCAUGAUGCAACACACGAUGAUGCCACAGUACGCGAGCGCUCCAAUGAUGCACCCCAUGCCGGCGACGCAAUUUCAGGGGCCACCUUACACAGCCGUACCACCUUACUACCCCAUCAUGAAUGUGCCGAUGUCAGCUAGUUCGCGACCUGCUGGCAUGCCUAUGAUGACGUCACACUAUCCCCACCAAACACCGAUGUAAAUUCGAACAUUCGUAUGAACCGUGGCAAUGAAUUUCAUCAGGAAGUUGAGAAUAAUCGAGGUGUCAUCCAAGCGAACAC